AGAACAGGGCGAGCGGCGGACCGCGGUCAAUCAGAGCGGAGGACGAGGCCCAAUCGGCAGCCUUCAGACGUGGGUCGCGGGCGGGCGGGGGGGCGCCCGGGGGCGGGGCCUGUCCGCGCGGCCGCAAGGUGGGCUCCGCGAAGAGCGAGCGGGGGCUGAGCAUUUGCAGAGGCUUUCAGACUGAAAAAGACUCUCUUCACUCACUGACUGUCUCCACCAUGAUUCACAGUCUUUUCUUGAUCAACUCCUCUGGGGAUAUUUUCCUGGAGAAACACUGGAAGAGUGUGGUUAGCCGUUCCGUUUGUGAUUACUUUUUCGAGGCACAAGAGCGAGCGACGGAGGCCGAAAAUGUCCCUCCGGUUAUCCCCACCCCGCACCACUAUCUCUUAAGUGUUUACCGUCACAAGAUCUUUUUUGUGGCUGUGAUCCAGACGGAGGUGCCACCUCUGUUUGUCAUCGAGUUCCUCCACCGGGUUGUGGACACGUUUCAGGAUUAUUUUGGAGUCUGUUCAGAGCCAGUGAUAAAAGACAAUGUGGUCGUGGUUUACGAGGUGCUGGAAGAGAUGCUGGACAAUGGGUUCCCACUGGCUACCGAGUCGAACAUCCUCAAAGAACUGAUAAAGCCGCCCACCAUCCUUCGAACCGUUGUCAACACCAUCACAGGAAGCACCAACGUGGGCGACCAGCUGCCCACUGGGCAGCUGUCCGUGGUACCUUGGCGACGAACGGGGGUGAAAUACACCAACAAUGAGGCCUAUUUUGAUGUGAUUGAAGAGAUUGAUGCCAUCAUUGACAAAUCAGGGUCCACCAUCACUGCCGAGAUCCAGGGGGUGAUCGACGCCUGCGUCAAGCUGACCGGAAUGCCCGACCUGACACUUUCCUUCAUGAACCCCAGGCUGCUGGAUGAUGUCAGCUUCCACCCCUGCGUCCGCUUCAAGCGCUGGGAGUCCGAGCGCAUCCUCUCCUUCAUCCCCCCAGACGGCAACUUCCGCCUGCUGUCCUACCACGUCAGCGCGCAGAACCUGGUGGCGAUUCCAGUGUACGUUAAACAUAGCAUCAGCUUCCGGGACAGUAGCUCACUCGGCCGCUUUGAAAUAACGGUGGGGCCCAAGCAGACCAUGGGGAAGACCAUAGAGGGGGUGACCGUCACCAGCCAGAUGCCCAGAGGCGUCCUGAACAUGAGCCUCACGCCGUCUCAGGGGACACACACGUUUGACCCAGUCACCAAGAUGCUAUCUUGGGAUGUAGGGAAAAUAAAUCCCCAGAAGCUCCCAAGUUUGAAGGGAACCAUGAGUCUCCAGGCCGGAGCUUCCAAACCGGAUGAGAACCCCACGAUCAACCUGCAGUUUAAGAUCCAGCAACUGGCCAUUUCUGGCCUCAAAGUGAAUCGUCUGGAUAUGUAUGGAGAGAAGUACAAACCCUUCAAGGGCAUAAAGUACAUGACCAAAGCUGGGAAGUUCCAAGUUCGAACCUGAAGCGAGAAUUUCGCAAAGCAGACGCUCACGAACACUUUUUCAUUUCUUAACCUGUCUAGAAGUAAAACCCAUCAGCCUGUCUCGUAGGUCCGUGCCCCACUCUGGACCCACCGGCUCCCGUUUUCCUUAGCCUUCAGCACCGUGGAGCGAAUCCAGGGAGACAGGGUCGCCGGGGGGCCGGGGCAGGACUCACCCACCAGCAUCUCCAACGCAGUUCUCAGAGCAGAGGCGUGGGUCGCAGCGGGAGGUACCUGACUGCGUGUUGAACUGUCUGUAACUUUGUAACGGGGUUAUCCCAGGAAAAGACCAGCGUUUGUUACUUGUUCGGCUGUAAUUUUCUUCAGCCAAGGGAAGACUUCUUUGUUUUUGUUUUUUAACCCCAGGGGGAAAAAGAACUAGAGCGGCACUUGGAAGGAAAGGAAUGUUAGUAGAGGAAGGCACGGGGAAGGCAUAGAGUGUGUGCACCCUCAUUAAAGUGAAGAGAAAGGGGCACCCAUCUCCACCCCCAGGAGGGGCUGGGAGGAACGGAGUGGAGUGAGUUUCCUUGUGAGCCCUCUGUUUGUAUACAAGCAUAAAGAUCUGUACUUCUAGAAGCAAACUGGAAGCUUCUUAAAUCGGAGCCCCCUGCUGACACAGAAGCCCCAGUGGGAUGGGACUUUUCCCUCAGAGGCUGGGACGCCGCUCCCACCAGCUUGCAGAGGCUGAGGGCUGCCUGCCCGCAGCAACGGGCCGCAGUCUCUGGUGAGACGGUGCCCUGCCCGCUCCCUGGGGGGCGGUGGUCUCAAAUACCUCUUUCCUUGAUCCACCCCUCCCCAAACAGCUCCACUCCUUCACAGAAUUGUUGCUCCCGUCAGCCCCAGGGCAGGCUGUGUGUCUCGGUCCUCGUCCAUGUCCGUCAGGGGCUCCCUGGGGGCUGGAGCCUGACCCUCCGGUCGGCACGCUUUCCCGCGGUCACUCUCAGCCAGACGCUGACAGGAGCGGACAGUCCUGGGGGCAGGUCCAGUAACGACAUUUCCUCAGAGUGUCUUCUGUUCUCUACCCCCCCUGUAUAAUCUAUUUAUUAGCAAUAUAUAUCGACCAGUCCAUGUUUGUUUUUAAGACCCGCCCCCCCUCCCCAGAUCCCUUCAGUCGUUGAAUAAAACCGAUGUUGUAGGAAGAUGGGUCACGCUGUGCAUGUGCGGCCCGGUUCAGGAAACACGGCAGCUGAAGGUGGCCUGCAGGCCUCUGCAGCGGGAAGCUCUCCAUUCAGCUCAGUGUGCCCAUCACCCAUUCCGAUAUUUAUAGAUCAGACAGGUAUUUUUAAAUUAUAGUUUAUGAUGCGAUAUUGUGUUCUGCUCUGUGCACGGAGAGAAAUGAAGACUUUGUGCUCUCCAACCCUACAAUUUUUCUCUAAUGCCCUGUUUCCAAGUACUUAGGUAGUGGUUUUUAUUUUUUUUUCCUAUAGUUUUCUCUUCCUACUUCCUGGAUUUGUUUUUUUGCUGCAGAAUAAUGCUGCUUUGUGGUUUUGCUCUGGGGUCUGUUGUGCUGUGUCUCAUAGCCCAUCACUCCAAAAUUUGUCCUGGAUCCAAGAUCCCAUUCCUGCGCCUGCCGUGGUAGGGAAACGUCUCUGCCUGUACAUUCCAGAACAGCGGAACUACUACUCCUGAGCGCUCUGGAGGAUUUCAGGGUUUCCUCAGUCACAGGAGACAACCCAUCUUGGUCCCCGAAUACCCUUAGGUUUAUAAGUCUAGCUGUCUUUUUCCCUCCAGGGCAGCUCAUCCUAAUUUCAAGGGAAGAAUUUAAGAAGUAAAGUACUGGGGCUGUGGGGCCCGCAGACCAUAGCAGGGGAGCACCCCCCACCGAGCUGCAGACCCUGGGACACCCCCUCACCCCGGUGGUGUGUUAGCAUAGGUGGUACCGGGUGCCCCCAGCAAGCCACUCGGUUCCACACUUGUUUAACGUGCAGAAGCAUCUUCUCUGUUUAAAUCUUAAUAAAGUUGCGUGUUGCCAGUC